AUGAAGAAGUUUGGUUACCAACAGGCCAAUACUGAUCAUACUCUAUUCAUUAAACAUAGGGUUGGUAAGGUGACUUUGAUGAUUAUUUAUGUUGAUGAUAUGAUUGUGACUGGUGAUGAUACUAUAGAAAUUGAGAAACUGCAGAAGCGUUUAGCAUCUGAAUUUGAGAUGAAAGAUUUGGGCAGUUUGAAAUAUUUUCUAGGAGUGGAAGUCACUCGAUCUAAACAUGGCUUAUUUCUUUCACAAAGGAAGUAUGUCAUGGACCUGCUAGCAGAUACUAGAAUGCUUGAUUGUAAACCAGCUGACACACCUAUUGUUGAGAAUCAUAAACUUGGUGUUUAUGUGGAUCAAGUUCCAACUAACAAAGAAAGAUACCAAAGGUUAGUUGGAAGAUUGAUUUAUUUGUCAUUGACACGCUCUGAUAUUGCCUAUGCGGUAAGCGUUGCUAGCCAAUUUAUGCAUUCACCUAGUGAGGACCAUAUGGCUGCUGUGAUGUGUAUUCUGAGUUACUUAAAGUCUGCUCCUGGGAGAGGUUCAGUAUUUAAGAAAAAUGGCCACUUGGAUCUAGAAUGUUACACUGACGCAGAUUAUGCAGGGAAUAUUACAGAUAUACAUUCUACAUCAGGUUACUUCACCUUUGUUGGUGGUAACCUAGUUAUGUAG